AUGUAUAUGACCUCGUGUUCUCCUUUACAUCAGGAUCUAAGGGUACAGAAAUACUACACAGCCACAGACCCAGACCCAAUCACAGACACAGACACAGACCCAAAUACAGACCCAAACACAGCCACAGACACAGCCCCAGACCCAAACGCAGCCCCAGACACAGACCCAGACCCAAAUACAGACCCAGACCCAAAUACAGACCCAGACCCAAACACAGACCCAGACCCAAAUACAGACCCAGACCCAAAUACAGACACAGACCCAAACACAGACACAGACCCAAAUACAGACCCAGACCCAAAUACAGACACAGACCCAAAUACAGACCCAGACCCAAAUACAGACCCAGACCCAAACACAGACACAGACCCAAACACAGACACAGACCCAGAUAUAGACACAGCCUCAGACACAUACCCAGACCCAAACGCAGCCCCAGAUACAGACACAGCCCCAGACCCAAACACAGACCCAGACCCAAAUACAGACCCAGACCCAAACGCAGCCCCAGACCCAAACACAGCCCCAGAUACAGACACAGCCCCAGACCCAAACACAGACAAACACGUUCCCGUAACGGCUGAUAUUUACCAGGACUCAAAAAUGAAGGUGCCGGUCAAAAUUCUUAAUUAUUGA